AUGCCAGGCAAGAUUCGGCGAGUAGCCGUCAUCGGCGCUGGGCCAUCGGGAGCUAUCGCGACAGACGCCUUGGUCAAGGAACAAGCUUUCGACACAGUUCGAGUCUUUGAUCGACGGCCCAUUCCAGGAGGAACCUGGAUCUAUACACCGCACCUACCCGCCAGCAUUCCAUCCCUGAAAACUCUCCUGGACGGCAAAGCCGAUGCUUUGGUUCCAAUUCCAGCCCAACUUCCAGCUCAAACUCCAAAAUCAGAGGCCAUCAACAGUCACCAGGUUCGGUUUUCGGACACUGCUCAGCAUGAGCAUCUCCAUACCAACAUCACGCCGGAGAUUAUGAGUUUCACUACAGAACCAUUUCCGGAAACAGUGACAGACCGGAUUCGAGAGAAGUAUGGUGAUGACGCUCCCUUUCGCGGUCGAGAACAAAUUCGAGAGUGGGUUGAGAACAUCUUUAUCCGCAAUGGGCAUGAGAAACUGCUUGAACUCAGUACCACUGUCGAGCUUGCUGAGAAGAAGGGUGAUGAGUGGGUUUUGACACUUAGAAAAGAGCUUCCUGGCAAGGACCAAUGGUGGCAAGAGAAAUUCGACGCACUCAUUGUAGCAACUGGACACUACAACAUACCCUGGCUCCCCAAGAUUGAGGGAAUCACGGAGUAUGACCAGAGAUUCCCCGGCCGUAUUGUACACAGCAAGCACUUUAGAGAUUCCGACAAGUAUAAGGGCAAGAAAGUCAUCGUGGUGGGGGGUUCAGUCUCAUCACACGAGAUACUCCACGAGGUUCUGCCAGUCGCCCAACAUCCGGUCUAUGCUUCACUUCGCGGAGAACCUCUCCCGCACUUUGGCUGGGCUCCUUUCACUCACCCUCAUAUUUCCGUGCAGAAGCAGAUCAUCAAGUUCGACUCGGAUAAUGGCGCGAUUACAUUUGAAGACGGCACCGUAGUUAAAGACGUAGACUAUGUGGUCUUCGGAACUGGCUUCACUUUCAGUUUCCCCUUCUUGCCAAAGGUCCAAGAACGUGUACAAAAAGUCGACCGUCGACUGCCAGGAGUAUACUUCCACACUUGGGAUAUCGAGGAUCCCACUCUCGCCUUCCUGGGCAUGUGUGGAGGUGGCUUCACCUUCCGUCUCUUUGAAUGGCAAGCUGUAACAGUAUCCCGUCUUCUUGCAGGCAGGGGCAAUCAUUUGCCAUCAAAAGAAGAGCAGAAGCAAUGGGAGAAAGAUCGGGUUGCCGAGUUCGGUGGAGGCAAGGACUACUACAUCAUUGCUCCAUUCUACAAGGAAGUGUUUGAAUAUUUCAGGUCUGUCGCUGGUGACCCAGCUCCCGGAACAACGGGCCGCGUCUUGCCACCUUUCGAUGACAAGUUGCUGGAUAUAUGGGCGGCUAUGGGAUCCGCGAAAACCAACUUUUGGGAGGAUGCUAGGAAGAAAGCCGAGGCUGAGCUCAAUGAGCAGCCUGUCAGAUCGAAGUUGGGUGGUCUCCCUCCAGCAAGCUACUCAAGCCAACCCUCGCAAUUGUCAAACAUCCCUUAUUUCAUCGGCCGCUUGAUCGCUCCGACCGUGGCAGCAAACUUUUGCGCGGCCUUCUUCCAGAACCCUUCGGGCUGCUCCUUGUUGCUUUGCGCAGACACGCUCGUGACACGAGGGGCUCGUUUACAAUCGCGGCACAAGCCUGCUCCACCGGGCAGCUUCUCAUCCUCGCAAGUCUCGCGAUACUAG